AUGGAAAUCUGUUUGUUUGAUGAGUAUGCUUUAUUAUUGAAGGAAACCGGCAGUAGCAGUUCAUACCAUGCCAAUAUCAAAGAUGAACAACAACAACAGUCAAUGAAAACCAAAGAUGAAAUCUUCAAAAAAUUCCCAAGUUUUAAGCAAUUUGACUUUGUUAAUGAUGCUUCGGACCAUCACUUUAUUCAUAAAAAAUGCCCGUUGAACCAGCAUCCAAAUAAUUGGUCGGAUGCAAUCCAGGAAGACUGGGAAAUUUUGGAGAAGGAUUUGCCGGAUUCCAUAUUUGUCCGAGCAUAUAAAUCAAAGAUGAAUCUGUUGAGGGCUGUAAUUAUUGGACCAAAAGGGACUCCUUACCAGCACGGUCUUUUCUUUUUUGAUUUUUACUUCCCUAGUAACUAUCCCAUUGUACCCCCGGUAGUCUACUUUCACUCUAGAGGUGUUUGUCCACAUCUAAGUUUGUUUGCUUCUGGCCAAGUAUACCUUAGUCUACUUGUCACCAAGGAUAGCAUAGGGAGCGAUCUAUGGCGCCCACACGUUUCAACAAUUUUACAGGUUCUAGUCUCCAUACAGGGUCAAAUCUUAACAGAACCUAUAAUCAAACCUCCAGCGGCCAAAAGUACUUCCCAGAUAUGCAAUAAGGAUGUGUUCACUAAAUCAUUGUCGAUAAUGGAACAAAUGAUAAGAAGGCCUCCAAAGAAUUUCGAAGACUUUAUUGUAGGGCAUUUCAUCAACCGUGCUCAUGAUAUUCUGGAGGCAUACAAUGCAUACAUGGAAGAGGGAAAUGGAGCCAUGCACUUUGAGAGUUACUUGCAAAGGAUGGUAAGAAUGGCAGCAACGGACCAAGCCGUCUUAGAGUAUUAUAAUACUUCAUUGGCUGAACGUAUGAAAGCACUUGUAAAAGAGUUUACAAGAAUUGGAGUCGAGGACUGUGAGAAAUUCCUUUAUGGGGGCAACAUGAAACGCAAACAAAAGAACAUGGCAAGUGGAAACCUCUAA